GGUUUUGACUGGAGGCCGGCACUUUGCAACCAACAGGACCGCCUAACCUAGGGGUUACCUUUGUUUGAACCUAGUUGUGUUUGAUCGGUAGGAAGUGGAAAUGAUUUACCGUGGUGUGCAUAAAUAUGCCCGCCGCAUGUAUUCAGCGAGUUUGCGGAAGUCUCCAAGUUCAAGUGAGAUCCGAAAGAUGUUUGUAGAUUAUUUCAUUGAGGAGCACGGUCAUACAUUCGUGAGGUCCAGCCCCGUGGUGCCUUUCUGUGAUCCUACUGUGGCCUUUGUAAAUGCAGGAAUGAAUCAGUUCAAAUCAAUAUUUCUGGGAAAAGAGCAGCCCAUGGCCCGACGUGUAGUUAAUUCGCAAAAGUGUAUUCGGGUCGGAGGGAAACAUAACGACUUAUCGGUCGUUGGAAAAGACGGUUACCACCACACCUUUUUCGAAAUGCUUGGGAAUUGGUCCUUCGGCGACUACUUCAAGAAAGAAGCCUGCGAAAUGGCAUGGAAUUUAUUAAGGGGCCCAUUUGGUAUAGAUACGUCUCGUUUAUAUGUUACAUAUUUUGGUGGAGAUGAAGGGCUUAGCUUACCAGCUGAUAUUGAAUGUCGUGAAAUUUGGAGGAGUUUAGGGGUGCCCGAUGAUAGAAUUUUGGCGUUUGGAAGCAGAGAUAAUUUCUGGGAAAUGGGUACUACUGGCCCUUGUGGUCCUUGUACCGAAAUACAUAUUGAUCACUUGCCUAAUUCAAACCCAAGUAUUAGAUCGAAACUUGUGAACGCUGGUUCGCCUGAUUUAACAGAGUUAUGGAAUUUGGUUUUCAUUCAAUACAACAGAAAGGAUGGUGGAAGUAUUGAAACCCUUCCUGAGAAACAUAUUGAUACCGGAAUGGGAAUGGAAAGAUUGGUAGCUAUCCUACAAGGUAAAUCAACCAAUUAUGACACAGAUUUAUUUCUACCAAUUUUUGAUACUAUACAAAAGAUUUCAAACGCGCCAAGUUACGGUUACGAGUUUGAGCCCAGCAGCGAAAAAUACGCUCUAGAUACCGCCUAUCGAACACUAGCAGAUCACUCGCGUAUGAUAACAGCUUGCCUAGCGGACGGAAUGCUUCCUGACCAAAAUCACAAAUUACGCCGAAUUAUAAGGAAAUCGAUGCUACUUUCAAAUAAUGUUUUUCAACGGAACAAUUUGCUCCACGAAAUAAUUCCAAAAGUAUCGGAAAUUUUGGGUCCUACAUAUCCGGAAAUGCAAACGAAGCUGCCUAAUGUGUUAGAAAUCUUAUCGCAUGAGCAAGAAAUUUUCACAGCUUUGAGACGAAACUGCAAUGCCAACAUCAAAGAGAUAAUAUCCGCGAACAAGCACUUGGAAGAGGUUGAUCUUUUUGAUUCACCUGGCUUUGUACCGGCAUACAAAGAGCUACAAACUUUGAAAACUCAUUUCACCAAAAACGUAAUGCCAGGUGACUUUGUAUUCAAACUAAAAGAUACAUAUGGAUUAGACGAAGAAUCAAUUGAGAAGCUAGCCGAGGUGGAAGGCUUGCAAAUCGAUAAAGUGGGAUAUUUGAAGGAAUUAGCGAAAGCGAAAGAUCGAUCGAAAGACUCUUUUUCUGAUGCCAAAAUAAUAGAUAAAGCAUCUCAAGAAAUUUCCAACUACACUGCCGGUUUGAAAAAUACUGAGAACUUCUACAAAUACAAUUACAUGUAUAAUACGAGUACAAAGCUCUAUCAAGUGCCAACUAUUAAAACAAAAAUUUUGAGGAUCUUACAGAAUGGAAAUGCAGAACAGUCAGUUCGGUUGAAUUCCGACAACCCCGUGACUAUUAUUACUGAGAAAAGUAAUUUUUAUCACGAAUCCGGCGGACAGCAAAGCGAUCACGGUACAAUUGUUGCAUAUGUAGGCAAUUCCAAACUUCAAUUUGAUGUAAAAGAAGUGAGUUGUAGUAACGGCUGCAUAUUACACUCGGGGAACUUUACAAAUAGCGAUACUAAAGAUAUAACUUUAAGUGUAAAUGAUGAAGUUGAACUGAAUGUUGACCAAAAUCGGAGAACUAGGAAUAUUAUACAUCAUACUGCAACUCAUUUACUCAAUGCCAGCGUUCGUCAUGUGAUCAAAGGAGUUAUAUAUCAGCUGUCAAGUAGUGUAACAUCUGACUGUUUGAAGUUGGAGCUGGCCAUAUUAGGAAAGAAAGUAGAGAAUGAGCUUCUGGAGAUUAUAGAAUCAUUAAUAAGACACGCGAUAAAGGUCAAUGCUCCAACUAGUGUAAAAAGAAUAUCCGCCCAGGAUGUACUUAAUACAAAAGAUAUCGUCAUGGUUCCCGGUGAAAUCUACCCUGAAACCGGGCUGCGACUACUAGCCCUAGAAGACCCCAUUACAGGUCUAUGCUCGAAGGAAUUGUGUUGCGGAACGCAUGCUUUAUCUACGGGCGAACUUCAGGACUUCUGCCUUACCAACAUUAAACAAACUGGCCGUUCUAAAUACGCAUUUACUGCAGUUGCCGGAGAUGCAGCUCUUCAUGCGCGUACGAAAAGCAAGGAAAUCGAAAGAUCAAUUGCUCAUUUCGAAGAACUAAUAAACAUUCAACAGAACAGAGCGGACACACUACAAGCACGUCUACAAAAAUUACGAAAUAAAAUAGUCACAAGUGAUUUAGAGCUGCCAUACUUAUCCAAAGUUCAGUACUUGGACCGAGUAAAUGUUCUCAUAAAGCAUUUAAAAGACGCAUCGAAAGUAACAUUGAAGGAAUUUGUGGAGAUUGAAAUGAAAAAUGUUCUUCAGGAACAUCCUGCUGAGAAAGUUCCUUUCGUUAUACAUUUUUUAAAGUGUUCUACUAUGAUGGAAGACGUGUCUUUACAAAAAGCAACGAAAUUGUGCCCUGACCGACCCGUUCUCGUUGUUUCGUUGACUAAUGGAAUGGUAAAAGCAAGGUGUUGUGUUCCACAGGAUAAACUGAGUCACUUCUCGGCACAAGAGUGGUUGGAAAAAUUCGCUACUGUCUUUAAUGGUCAGACAAUGCCACCGAAGGGACAAAAUCCCCGUGAAGUAUGUAACAUGAAAGCAAAGAAAGUACAUUCUCCAGUCUUUCAUGAAAAACUUGAAAUUGCCAUCGCAGAAGCGAAAAAAUACGCUUCAAAACAUCUGUGAUCAAAUAAGUUGUAGUUAUUUUAUUUAUUUUCCAAUUAGAAAUUAAAUUUCACUGGUUUUAAA